AUUCUGGACUUAGUGAGCUCUCAUGGUGCGACUGUGGUCGACAGGAUUGAAGAUUGCCCACAGUACUGGGUGACUAAAAAAAUCAUCCUCUUAGACAGCUCAUACACCAAGGAGAAGGGCAUGGCGCUGAUGAAUAGCGUGAAGAUAGUAUCGAUCACCGCCCCUAUCGGAUGUGUUCGGGGAGCUCGGCAGAGAGAGUGGGUGUCUGAAUCCAUAGACCUGGGUGAGAUAGCUCCUUGGGCCCCAUUCCAUCUCGGGUGCAAACCCAUCUUCGAACAUGUAGUUGCAACAAUCUGUGUGGUAAGUUUCAAUAAACGUGCUCCCGCAAGCCAGAUAUGUGUGUUCAAUCGUCCUUGA